UCCUAGCUCGAGCCCCCGCCCCAGGCCAGCCCCAGCCGAUCGCGGGCCGGAGCCGGAGGCCACUAAGGUGGGGAGGCCCAGCCUCUGUUCCGGUGCCGGCGCCGAGCGCUGCAUCCCCGAAUCCGCUGGACCCGCGGCGGCGCGGCAGGUAGGAGACGCUGAGCAGAGGGAGGUGCCUGGAGCUGCCCUCUGCUGCCCCAUCUUGGCCUCGCCUCCCGAGGCAGCAUCCACCAUGUUCUCCUGCGUGAAGCCCUACGAGGACCAGAACUACUCGGCCCUGAAACGGGCCUGUCUGCGCAGGAAGGUGCUCUUCGAGGACCCCAACUUCCCCGCCACUGACGACUCGCUCUACUAUAAGGGCAGCCCAGGGCCCACCGUUAGGUGGAAGCGGCCCAAGGACAUCUGCGAGGACCCCCGCCUCUUUGUGGACGGCAUCAGCUCCCACGACCUGCACCAGGGCCAGGUGGGCAACUGCUGGUUUGUGGCGGCCUGUUCAUCCCUCGCUUCCCGCGAGUCACUGUGGCAAAAGGUCAUCCCAGACUGGAAGGAGCAGGAGUGGGACCCCGAGAAGCCCAAUGCCUACGCGGGCAUCUUCCACUUCCACUUCUGGCGCUUCGGGGAGUGGGUGGAUGUGGUCAUCGAUGACCGGCUGCCCACGGUCAACAACCAGCUCAUCUACUGCCACUCCAGCUCCCGCAAUGAGUUCUGGUGUGCCCUCGUGGAGAAGGCCUAUGCUAAGCUGGCAGGCUGUUACCAGGCCCUGGAUGGAGGCAACACAGCGGAUGCGCUGGUGGACUUCACAGGUGGGGUUUCUGAGCCCAUCGACUUGACUGAGGGUGACUUUGCCAAUGACGAGGCCAAGAGGAACCAGCUCUUUGAGCGUGUGCUGAAAGUGCAUAGCCGGGGAGGCCUCAUCAGCGCCUCCAUCAAGGCUGUGACAGCGGCAGACAUGGAGGCCCGGCUGGCGUGUGGCCUGGUGAAGGGCCACGCGUACGCCAUCACGGAUGUGCGCAAGGUGCGCCUGGGCCAUGGCCUGCUGGCCUUCUUCAAGUCGGAGAAGCUGGACAUGAUCCGCCUGCGCAACCCCUGGGGCGAGCGGGAGUGGAACGGGCCCUGGAGCGACACCUCAGAGGAGUGGCAGAAGGUGAGCAAGAGUGAGCGGGAGAAGUUGGGUGUGACCGUGCAGGAUGACGGCGAGUUCUGGAUGACCUUUGAGGACUUGUGCCGCUACUUUACGGACAUCAUCAAGUGCCGUCUGAUCAACACAUCUUACCUGAGCAUCCACAAGACCUGGGAGGAGGCCCGGCUGCGUGGUGCCUGGACGCGGCACGAGGACUCACUGCAGAACCGCAGCGGGGGCUGCAUCAACCACAAGGACACCUUCUUCCAGAACCCGCAGUACAUCUUUGAUGUCAAAAAGCCAGAAGAUGAAGUGCUGAUCUGCAUCCAGCAGCGGCCAAAACAGUCCACCCGCCGGGACGGCAAGGGUGAAAAUCUGGCCAUUGGCUUCGACAUCUACAAGGUGGAGGAGAACCGCCAGUACCGCAUGCACAGCCUGCAGCACAGGGCCGCAAGCUCCAUCUACAUCAACUCCCGCAGCGUCUUCCUGCGCACGGAGCAGCCCGAGGGCCGCUACGUCAUCAUCCCCACCACCUUCGAGCCAGGCCACACUGGCGAGUUCCUGCUCCGAGUCUUCACUGAUGUGCCCUCCAACUGCCGGGAACUGCGCCUGGACGAGCCUCCCCGCACCUGCUGGAGCUCCCUGUGUGGCUAUCCCCAGCAGGUGACCCAGGUUCACGUCUUGGGGGCCGCGGGUCUCAAAGACUCCCAGACAGGGGCUAACUCUUACGUGAUCAUCAAGUGUGAGGGGGACAAAGUCCGCUCGGCUGUGCAGAAGGGCACCUCGACACCCGAGUAUGAUGUGAAAGGCGUCUUCUACCGCAAGAAACCGAGCCAGCCCAUCACUGUGCAGAUCUGGAACCACCGAGUCCUGAAAGACGAGUUCCUGGGCCAGGUGCACCUGAAAGCCAACGCGGAUGACCUCCAGGCCCUGCACACCCUCCACCUCCGGGACCGUAGCAGCCGGCAGCCCAGCGACCUGCCGGGCACCGUUGCUGUGCGCGUGCUCAGCAGUGCCUCCCUCACGGCCGUCUGAUACCCGCCCAUCUACCUGCACCUGCAGUUCUCAUCACCAUCUGCAUGUCCCCAACCUGACCAGGGACUAGCCUGGGAGCAGGACACUGGGGUCCUUUUCCCACCUUUGCACUGACCUGCUGUGUGACCUUGGGAGGUCUCCGCCCCUCUCUGGGCCUCAGUGUCCCAAGGACCCCAAAGCAUUCCCUUCUCAUGGAGGAGUCUUCUUGCCUGAGAUUUAAAAUAGCGCCCCCUACCCCAACUGCCACCAUGGCUAAGGGACUCUGUCCAUUGAAAACCUUUUCCCAAGGCCCUGCUGUCCGCCAACGGAGUGCCAAGAUGUCACUUGUUUACACACAAACUGCCACAUCCCCAAGGCCCACCCUUGUCCCACGUGUCCCCAGGGCCUGCCCCCGUGUCCCAGACUUGCUGUCUCUGUCACCGUCAUCUGGUUUUCUAGCCACCUUGAAAGGAUGCUUGGCUCUUGGGUUCCUGCUAAGGCUGGAAUUAGAGAAGUGUGCAGGUGACGUCUGUCCGUUCUCCAAUCCUACCCACUCACCUGCCUGUCGUUCAUUUAUUCAAAGGAGAUUUGCCAAAUGAAUAAACAAUGCCCUUGAGACCGCAGAUGGAGCCAGGCCCCUCCCCACAGCUCUGGGAGACCUGGCGGCCGUCCUGGGCCUCUCCUCUGCUCUCAGGUCCUCUCAGAGGCAGAUGCCCAGAGGGGCUGCAGUCGCCUUCUCCUUCUAGGUUCCGAUUUCAUUCCCAGCCUCUGGCUUAGGGUCCCUGGAGAGGCGGUGGCAGUGGUGUUGAGGAAGGGCGUCCUGCCCCCACUGCCCUGAUGUGGGAAGGAGUGUAUCUGGUGUAGUGGGCCAGCAGGUGGAGGGGGGCGUGGGGACUCCAUGGGAGGCACACGCUCCCAGGGCGCCCUCUGUUGCAAGACCUGGGCUUUUCCUCGGAGCAGAGGCUCUGGGGUGGUGGUCUCCAGCCUGCAGGGCUCAGGUUGCCCAUCACGCUUGGCAGGAGAUGGUAAAUCCACUGCCUGACCAGAGGCCCCUCCACCAACAUUCCCCCAAAAACGCGGCUGAGGAGCCAUAACCCUCUUGCCGCCUGGACCAAAAUACUCCUUUUAGUCCUCAAUGUUUUAUAUUCUUUCCGUUUUAACUCUCAAUUUUAACCAGGGGUUUUUAAAGGAAAACUGAAAGCCUGAACCCUUUUUUCUUCGUAAACUCCACUUCCUGUGAUCCUCUGAUUUUAUUUUGAUCUGCUUGGGGAGGGACGUGAGCGAGGUCAUACCUUCUCAGAGGAGGUCUGGAGGUGGAUGAAGAAGACAGGGGUUUGUACUGGAAUGUUUUGCCAACUGGCGUCAGCUGUGUUCUUAGAGUGUUAGGGCUGUGGCCAGCUUUGGGUCUCGUCUGUGCCCUUCUUGGGCUCCAGACCAGGUGAUGUAAAUGAAAAAGUCUAGUUGAUUCAAGAUGGGGAAUUCCUGUGGCCUCCUGGAAUUCCUUCAGGGAACCCUGACUUUUUGGCUCCAGUUCUGGCUCUUCGGUGCAGUGUCUUGGCUGGAUCUGGCAGAUCCUUGACUUUGCCUCCUUACUCCGGCCCACUCUGCCCCUGUGUCCUGGUCCUGGAACAUGGAGGGGCCAGGAACUGAAGGACAAGGAGGACAAGAGGAUUCCUUUUCCUGAACCUGAGCCUAGGGUGAGGACUUUGUGACCAGGAGCAAGUUGCUUAAACCUCCUGUGCCUCGAUUUCCCCCUUCUGCAAAGUGGGGCCAAUAAUUCUCAUUUGUCAGCACUCUUCCUAACAAGUGCUGAAUAAGGGCAAAACAGUACCCUUUCUCUGUGUAUCUCUGUAUGCGUAUGCACUAUACACGGUCAUGUAAUCACCACUUCUCAAUGUCUAUUGGAAAGGAAGCUUCGAGAGUCGGGUGGAGAGGCGAGGGCCAGAUAAGCCAGCCUGGGACCUCUGGGACCCACAUGUGGGUAUUUGCUCGGUCAUCUGCACCUGGGCUCUGGGGGAAACCAGGGCCAACUGGGAGAUCUGUAUGGGCUUCUGCCUGGAUACUGGGCACUGUCCCCUGCCCCCUUCCCAAACAAACCUGGCUCAGCAGUCCUGCCCUUGCCUCCCACCCCUCUGGGUGGGCCAGGCUGGCUCCUGGCUGUGUGAUGAUCUGGGUCCCAGGAGGUCCUGGGGCCUGAGUAUGUGAAGAUGGAGGUCUUUCGGGCUGGGGCUGGAGGGUGGGUGGGGAGAGCAGCUGCUGCUUGCCUGGUGCACCCCGCAGCUCACAGGGGCCUCAAGUCCCCUUUUGUGGAUGGGUGAGGCCCCUGCUCCAUGCCCCCCUGACCUGGGUGCCACUUGGGUGACCUCCAUGCCACCCUGACUCACCCCUCAGGGCCGAGCUCAGGGUCAGGUGAGUGGAGACCUGUUCUGUUCUCAGAAUAAAUGUUACCACGAUUCUGGAAA